GAUGGGUGCUUCGGUUCACAAAUUAUCAAAAUCAAUGGCUAUUGGGGGAAAGCCCCCAUACUUAAGGCCUUACUUUGGGAUGUUUGGAUAUGGAGGGCCUGUAGCAUCCAUGCACUUGGGGAGGCGUACUCGUGUUUCGUCCAAAACAAAACACGUAAAAGGUGUUGAUAUUAACAAACUCCAGUGCCGCCUCAAGGACAUAUAUUUCCCCUACAUUCAGGCUGAAAUUGUCUGGAAGAACGAUAUUUCAUACAAAUCUAUAUUUGGAUGUUGGAGGUUAGCAAUGCCUCCGCACAACAAAAAAAGGAGUGUCCUCAACAACGUAAUCAAAUAGAUUGCGGGUAUUUCAUGUUGAGGUUUAUGCGAGAU